UAACCUAGCUUCCAAAAUACUUUUACAAACUUUCUUUGAAGUUUAAAGCAUUUUGUCACUCGUCUUUAUCUAUGGUUUAAAGUUUCUUUAUGCGAAAGCUUAUAUUGUUCAAAGAAUUUUUGAAGAAUAAAUGUAAAAGUAGCAUUCAGUUGCUCAAGCGUAGAACUCUAGGCGUUUGUGCAGUCAUGGACGAAGUUGAAGAACCCAAACCGGAUCAAGAAAUCCUAGAAGGACGUGCAAAGGUGCGGACAUCGGGCAAGGUUUUCUAUAACCCUGUUCAAGAAUUUAACAGGGACUUGAGUAUUAUUGCAAUCGCAACGUUUGCAAAAUUGCUUCGGCAGGAGCGGAACGCCAAGAACAAGCAAAUUUCAGAUGAAGACAAUCUUGUUGUUGAUAUCCGAAGUCCCGGCAUUAAAUAUGAUGAUGGUUUGUGCAUCUUGGAGGCUCUUUCCGCUACAGGGCUGCGAAGCAUUCGAUAUGCGAAGGAAAUCCCUGGCAUAAACAAUAUUAUUGCAAACGAUAUCUCUAAGGAGGCUGUGAAUGAUAUCAACAACAAUAUCGCUUUGAAUAAUGUCGAAAAUCUGGUAACUUCCAGCCACAAUGAUGCCACAAUGCUGAUGUAUCAGCACCGAAGAGAAAAGCAGUUUGAUGUAAUAGAUUUAGACCCUUAUGGAUGCCCAUCAAUAUUCCUGGACUCAGCAGUUCAGUCUAUCAAAAAGGGGGGACUUUUGCUAGUAACCGCCACUGAUAUGGCGGUUUUAGCUGGAAACAGUCCAGAAACGUGUUACGUUAAAUAUGGAGCAAUUUCUCUAAAAAUGAAAUGUUGCCACGAAAUGGCAAUCCGCAUUUUAUUGCAAUGCAUUGAGGCGCACGCCAACCGAUACAGCCGUUACAUCGAACCAAUUCUAUGCGUUUCUGCUGAUUUUUACAUUAGAGUUUUUGUGAGGGUGCACUCAGGGGCUGCAAAGUGCAAAAACACCACAAGCAAGUUGUCGCAUGUUUACCAUUGUACUGGGUGUGAUGGUUUCGAGCUACAACCGCUAGGAAUGAGAAAACCGCAUCAAAAGAACAACAAUCUGGUGAAGUUUUGCCUGCCGACAGGCCCGCCGGUAACAAGAAAUUGCCAGCAGUGUGGAAGCCCUUAUCAUAUAGGAGGACCGAUUUGGACAGCCCCGAUCCAUUCUCCCGAUUUUGUUAAGCAAGUUCUUGAGGCCGCUCCGCCGUAUUUGGGCACCUUCAAGCGCAUCCGAGGGAUACUAAGCAUGGUAUUGGAAGAGUUAGUCGAUGUUCCACUUUACUAUACUCUAGACCGGUUGUCCAACACUAUUAAAGUUGAAAACCCAUCGAUGCUAACUAUAAGGUCAGCUAUUUUAAACGCGGGCUACCAAGUUUCAUAUACGCACACGCACAAGAACUCUAUUAAAACGAACGCACCUGCUCACGUUAUAUGGGACAUCAUGAGAUGUUGGGAAAAGCUGCAUCCGACAUCCCAAAAGAGUAUAGCUAACAAUAAGGUUGCGACCACAAUCCUCGAAAAAUCACCCGAAAAGGAAUAUUCGUUUGAGUUGCAUCCAGCUGCCAAUCCGGCGUCUAAACAAAAGGGACUGGUGAGGUUCCAACAGAACCCCCUACGGUUUUGGGGCCCGGGCUCACGAGCCCAAGCAAUGGUUGGGCAGAAUCCGAUGUUAAAAAGCCAUAAAAAUCAAGGAAAGCGGAAACGAACUGAUGACUCUGAAAGUUUGGAAUAAAUCAUCAUAUAAUU